UGACUAUAAAUACGGCACCAUCCAAAGCGAGUAGGACACAUCCGCACACGAACCGUCCAAGCGAUCACAGCAUCAUCCGCCGGAAGAGAAGCUCUCCAUAAUCCUAGGGAAAAAAUGUUUCACUUCAUUUUAACGUUAUUGAUGUUGGCGUUGGCUGUUGCCAUGCCGUACCCUGAAGAAGAGGCUCCCAUUAUUGUCUCACCGGAGGUAUUGGAUGCUGUGGCACCUGUGGACGAGCUGGCCAAUCCAGCAGCCGCCCCAUCCGAAUUGGCUGAAGGUGAAAAGGUUGACGAGCGAUACCGUCCCAAUUAUGGCCACCAAGCAGGUCAAUUACAGAGCAGUACAGUUUAUCAACAACAGAGCAGCAGCCAUCAGCAGCAAAGUAGCAGUCUGACCAUGCAGCAACAGCUUGGCCACCAAAACGCUGGCUACCACGCCAACAACGCUGCCGGUGGAUUUGGCGGAAGUGGUUACCACACUCCGGGAGCCAGUGCCGGAUACGGGCAAAACAUCAACCACGGCGGAACUUUCGGUGGUAACGCGGGAUACGGUCACAGCGGCUACGGCAAUACCGGCCACGGCAAUACCAGCCAUGGCAGCACAGGCUACGGUACGGGUUCCGGAAUAAACACGGGUUACGGAUCGAACGCGGGUUAUGCAACCAAUACCGGCUUUGGAACGAACACUGGAUAUGGAACUAACGCUGGAUACGGAACUAACGUUGGCUACGGAACGAACACUGGAUACGGAACAAAUACUGGAUACGGAACAAAUACUGGAAUCAAUACUGGAUACGGCAACACCGGAUAUGGAACGAACACUGGAUACGGAACGAACACUGGAUACAAUACGGGACUGUACGGGAACAACGUUGGCGGAGGACAUGUCGCGUAUGGAAACUCGGGAUACAACAGCCUUAGCAUUGAAAGUGGUUACGGCAGCAAUUACCUAGGAUGGCGUGAAGGACAAAAGUCCAACGGCACUGUGGUCGCCGAGCCCGGCGUUGCUCCCUCUGUCGAUUCCAGUCCGGCCAGCGGCGGCGAAAUCGACUUUGCCAACCAACAGGAAUAAAACGAUUGUGAAGUUGUUCAAUCGAUUUUAGAUUUAAAAAAACCUAUCGAUUGAGAACAACGCGAGCGAUUGCCUUUUAUUGUUCGUUUAGAAAACGUAAGGUGGCUAAUGGGGCCGGGCGCCUUGUUCAACGAACCAACGACAUCGAUUCGUUCGUCCUGAUGUCGUGUGUCCACAAUCCAAAUCUCUCCUAAAUGAUCCAUACCCUAAACUCAAACAUGAGUCAAUUACAAUCCAAAAUAGCCGUGUAAUUCUGUUCGAUGGUGAAAUGAAGAUCUGAUUCAUUCAUGUGGUGUCAAUGGCAAGAUGAUUAGGGAUAACGCAAAAAGAAUUGGAUUGUUUCGUUUGUCUCAUUUCCUUGAACUCUUCCCCACUCUUCCUCCUCAACGCUUCCCAUUUCUUCCUUGUCCAUGACGUCAUUGCAAUUCUUUGGUCAAUCUCCGACCCUUGUUCCCCAUGUCAUUCAAAAGUCACCUUCGUGAAUUCUACUUCGGAUUGUAAAACUCACUAUUUUUGAGCUCCUUCUGUCACGCUGUUGUCACUAAUUAUUUGCCUCUCCCCUUUCAUUGACGGCCCACAUUUUUAGACCCCCCUGAAAUGCAAAAAUCGAUUUAAUGAACUUA